AUUUGCUUUCAUUGAGAGUCGAACUCAAGACCUCCCGCUUACUAAACGGGUGCUCUAACCAACUGAGCUAUAAAAGCUGAACAUUGAUUGAUAACGCAUUUAAUUAAAUAUUAAGUAUUAAAAUCGAUUAGAAUAAUUGCAAAAAAAAAAAUACGGGGGAACCUAUAAAUAGCACCAAAAAAAUAGAGCAGGUAUGUUAGAGAUGAACCGCUUCAGCAUCAAGUUUCCCAAUAAUUCCUCUUAAAACCCUAAAAACCCUGAUUCAAUUUCCGCAUAAAAAUGGAGCACGAAAAAUCGUUCAAAGAUAUUGGAGUUUGUGAUUUAUUAGUUGAAGCUUGUGAGAAUUUGGGAUGGAAAACUCCUACCCAAAUUCAAGCUCAAGCCAUCCCUUCUGCUCUUGAAGGAAAAGAUAUAAUAGGGGUUGCACAAACUGGAACUGGCAAAACAGGUGCAUUUGCAUUGCCUAUUAUUCAAGCUUUACUCGAUGCUGAUCGCCCUCGUCCCUUCUUCGCUUGCGUCAUUGCACCUACCCGGGAGCUUGCUAUUCAAAUCGGUGAAGUAUUCUCAGCCUUGGGAGCUGGUAUUGGGUUGAAGACAGCAGUUCUUGUUGGUGGAGUGGACAUGAAUCAACAGCAGUUCGCCCUUGCAAGACGGCCUCACAUCAUAGUUGGUACUCCUGGACGUCUUCUGGAUCAUUUGACCAAUACCAAGGGGUUCUCAUUUUGUUCGUUGAAGCAUCUGGUAUUAGAUGAGGCAGAUAGAUUAUUGGAUAUGGACUUUGAGAAAUCCAUUGAUGAUAUAUUGAAAGUGAUCCCUCAUGAGCGAAGGACUUACCUAUUUUCUGCCACGAUGACAAAAAAGGUGAAGAAGCUCCAAAGAGCUUGUAUAAGGAAUCAUGUAAAGAUUGAGAUAUCUUCUGUAUCUUCUACGGUUGAAUCAUUAAUGCAGCAAUAUCUUUUGAUUCCUGCUAAGCAAAAGGCUUGUGCUCUUGUAUAUCUUUUAAUGAAGAUGCCCGAAUACACAUCAAUGGUUUUUACUCGUACCUGUGCUGAAACUGAAAUUUUAGCAUUAAUGCUCCGUUUUCUUGGUUUCAGAGCAAUGCACUUUAAUGGCAAUAUGACUCAGGUAAAAAGACUGGGAGCCUUGAACAAGUUUAAAGCUGGAGAUUGCAAUAUCCUUGUUUGCACCAAUGCAGCUGGUAGAGGUCUUGAUAUUUCCUCUGUGGAUUUGGUCAUAGUUUAUGAUGUCCCAGCAGAACAAGAGGAUUAUAUACAUUGGGUAGGGCGAACUGCACGUGCUGGGAAAUCAGGACUUGCUAUCGCACUUGUAACUGAAUACAGCAUCGGAAAUUAUUACAGAAUAGAACAAGAAACAGGAAAACAGUUGCCAACGUAUCCUGUAGAAAAGGAAGAAAUGUUGCUUCUGUAUGAACGUGUGUCUGUGGCGAGAAGGAUUGCAGAUAAAAAAUACAAGGAAUCUGGUGGGAAGAAGAGCAAAGAGUAUGAUGAUCUGGAGGAGACUAAGUACCUGCCCAAGAAAAGUUCCAAAAAGUUGAAAAAAAUCAAAAGGCCGCGCCCUUAUUGAUUUAUUACAUCAGCAACAAGUUUCGUUUAUCUAGUGGCUGAAUGGUGGAUUUAAAAAACAAUAUUUUGUUUCUUUUAUUUCGUACAGUACUUUUUAAGCUGCUUUAACCUCCUUUUUUUUGUUUGUUUUUUUUUUUUUUCAUUCGACCUCCUCCUUCGAUCCCUCACUAAUACCACCAUUUCCUCCAUGUGACAACACCGACAUCUUCAUUUUUUUCAUCUUCCUUGACAUGUUUGUCGCCAUUUUUGGCGGUCCAAGCUGUUGAAUUAAACUAAAACCCUAAGAAAAAGGGAGAAAUAAAGGGCGUGGUUUACCCCAAAGAAUGAGGGUGUUGUCCUCCUUCACCGAGUUGCCCUAGCUUGAGCUUUAAUUUCUCCAUUGAAGUUUCUAAACUCUUCUUUAAAGCUCUUCAAAUUGUACAUCCUCCAUUAUCGUUGUUCUUCGUUAAAUUAACAUUGUUAAUUUCUCUUAUUGUUAAAUUACAAAAUUACCAAUUAUUGAAUGAUGGAUAUCUACACUUCUACUAUACUUGUAAAGAGGGGGCCAUCAUAUUCUAAUUUGAGAAAAUACAAGUUUAUCUUUUAA